UUCUGGGAGUUGUAGUUUCCUUCUGGAGCCUCUGCAGCGUUCAGGGUGGGAGGGCUGGAGGAUCCUGCGCGCAGUAACUUCGGGGGCACCGGGACGGCUGCUGGGUUAACAUGGCGUCCGGUUCAGAAAAUCCUCUCCCUAGCUACGAGACGGACGACAGCCAAACCUCAAAGCUGAUCAGAAAGUCUCGGGAGUCUCCGUUUGUCCCAAUUGGCAUUUCGGGUUUUGCAGCCGUGGUGGCCUAUGGACUCUACAAGCUGAAGCACAGAGGGGACACCAAAAUGUCCGUCCACCUGAUUCAUAUGCGCGUCGCAGCACAGGGCUUCGUUGUGGGGGCCAUGACCUGCGGUGUCAUUUAUUCCAUGUAUCAAGAAUACUGGGUGAAGCCCAAGCCCUAGGAAGCGGUCAAUGGAAGCCUGUCCAGAGUUCUUAUGUACCCUAGAGAUAGACCUCACAUGGAAAUGGCACUGCAGUGAUUACGACCUUUGCACAAUCUCAUGCACAGUGUUAAACUCUACUCUGCCAGUAUGGCUCUACAUUUGGUUGUUGGCGGCAAAAGUGGUUCCUCUCUCUUGUCAAUUGAUAAAUUUUCACAACAUGCAACCCUUUCCCACUAAGCCUGCCCGAUACUAAGGCACUCUGUGGCUUAGAAGUCCAGAGUUUCCUCUUCAGAAGUUGUUCUUCUUGGUUGUGAACUAGCAAAACAACAAAGUGAGGGAAAUACCUGUGUUUGUGCCAUGCCUGUCCAAGAGAUAGGUGGUCAACCUCUCUUAACUCUGAAUUAGAAACAAUUGGGGUGGAAGAUUAACUCUUACGGUGUGGGCCUUAAAUAGCAGAUUGUAAAUAGUUUAAUCUUUAUUUAGUUUUUAAUGUGUGAUGCUUUACUGUGUUUUUGUAUAUGCUUUAAGCUAGUGGCUGGGGAAACCCAGCCAGAUGGGCGUGGUAUAAAUAAUAAAAUUAUGAUGGUGAUUAUAAUGCCUCCCGCAGUUUGGUUAGACUCACAUUAAUAAUAAUAAUAAUAAUAACAACAACAACAACAACAAUAAUAAUAAUAAUUUAUUAUUUAUACCCCGCCCAUCUGGCUGGGUUUCCCCAGCCACUCUGGGUGGCUUCCAACAGAAGUUUUAAAAUACAAUAAUCUAUUAAACAUUAAAAGCUUCCCUUAACAGAGUUUGGUAGCCUUUGGUAGCUUCGAGAACACUGUCCAUCCAUCUCGUCCUCUGUUGUCCCCUUCUCCUUGUGCCCUCCAUCUUGCCCAACAUCAGGGUCUUUUCCAGGGAGUCUUCUCUUCUCAUGAGGUGGCCAAAGUAUUGGAGCCUCAGCUUCACGAUCUGUACUUCCAGUGAGCAUUCGGGGCUGAUUUCCUUAAGAAUGGAUAGGUUUGAUCUUCUUGCAGUCUAUGGGACUCUCAAGAGUCUCCUCCAGCACCAUAAUUCAAAAGCAUCCAUUCUUCAGUGAUCAACCUUUAUCAUUAAACUGCAAGUAUAAUAUACGCAGGUGGCUCUGUGUUCUAAACCACUCAGCCACUUUGGGCUUGCUGAUCGGAAGAUCGGUGGUUUGAAUCCCCGCAGCGGAGUGAGCUCCCAUUGCUCUGCCCCAACUCCUGCCAACCUAGCAGUUCAAAAGCAUGCCAGUGCAAGUAGAUAAAUAGGUACCGCUGCAGCGGAAAGGGAAACAGCGUUUCCAUGCGCUCUGGCACUCAUUGCAGUCCUCCGUGUGCCAGUAGCGGUUUACUCCUGCUGGCCACAGGACCCGGAAAACUGUCUGUGGACAAAUGCCGACUCCCUUGGCCUGAAAGUGAGAUGAGCGGCGCCACAACCCCAUAGUUGCCUUUGACUGGACUUAACUGUCCAGGGGUCCUUUACCUGUUACCUAUAAUAUAUAUGAUUGGUUUUAUAUACAAACUAGCUGGCCCUGCACACGUUGCUGUGCGUUAGUCUGUGAAAUGGAGGGUAACAGCCCCCCUUCAGAUACCCCUGAGCCUCAGAGUCCCCCUGAGUCGAGGUGAGAUACUGUGGAGAGGGCAGGUUUCAUCCCUGUGUGUCCCCCCCCUGUUCUGACCCAUUACGUAUCCCUGCCCUCUAUUGCCCCCCCCCACCUCCACUUGUCCUAGUCUGGAAAGCGGCCUAGUCUGUCUAAUAAUGGCCGCCUUGGGGGUUUGCUUGGUUGAUGAUGUCAUUUGGUUUGUGGGUGUGGCCUAGAUUUCACAGGAAGGGAGGGGGUGGAGGAGGGUACUACGCCACUUGAGGGUGCUGUUUGACUUGGUGGAAAACCAGGUCUACACCUGCCCAGGUGUGUGAUUUGAGGGAUUUUUGCCCCCAACAACGCUCGGGGAGUGGCCUGGAUCGUUGUGUCAAAAUUUCAGGACGAUCGGUCAAGCGGUUAUGGAGAAAAGUGUAGAACGCAGUUUCACGAUUUUUACAUUUAUAUAUAUAUAGAUGCUGUGAGAAGCCAGCAUUAGCAGUCUUGGACCUUUCUUUUCUGGUUUUUAACCUUUAGUUUUACAUUCUCUCCCCCCCCCCACCCUAUUAAUGGCUAUUAAUCCUGUCUGCCAGUUCUCUGCCCCCAAUUAGCGCGACGGAGCUGAGAACCCUGUGCUCACAUCGUUACAUGUAUUUCUGACCCCAAAUACAGCUGCAUUUUCAGUUCCCUUUUGCCUCUUCCUCUCCCAGUCAAUAUCCAGCCUGGCAUGCUGGGCCCACCUUUUGCCAAUUUCGGUCCGUCAGGUACCAAGUUUAAAGACUGUCUCAAGGCAAAUCUUUAAAAAUGUACAGUGGUACCUCGGUUUGCAAACACAAUUUGUUCUGGAAGUCCGUACUUAACCUGAAGCGUACUUAACCUGAAGUGAACUUUCCCAUUGAAAGUAAUGGGAAGUGGAUUAAUCCGUUCCAGAUGGGUCCACGGAGUACUCAACCUGAAGCGUACUCAACCAGAGGUAUGAGUGUAAUUGGUUCUGGAAGUCCAUACUUAACCUGAAACGUACUUAACCUGAAGCGAACUUUCCCACUGAAAGUAAUGGAAAGUGGAUUAAUCCGUUCCAGACAGGUCCAUGGAGUACUUAAACUGAAAAUACUCAAACCGAGGCGUACUUAAACCGAGGUAUGAUUCUAGUAUAAACAUUGACAACUGGCCUGCGAGCGCUCCAGUUGGAGAACAGCCUUCACCAAAGGCGUCAUGGGCUUUGAAGAAACUCGAUCUCAGGACGCAAGGGAGAAAUGUGCUAAGAGGAAGGCACGCUUGGCAAAUGCACACCGUGAUCAACUCCCACCUGGAAAUCUAUGUCCUCACUGUGGAAGGACGUGUGGAUCCAGAAUUGGCCUCCACAGUCACUUACGGACUCAUUGUUAAAACCGUGUUUAUGGAAGACAAUCUUACUCGGUUAUGAGGGAUCGCCAAAGAAGAAGACGACGACGACAUGGGUGGUAUUAUUAUGUAGUAAAGAGCCACGAUCUUUCAAAAAAGUAUUAGGUGAGCUUAUGAAAGUGGCCGUGUGUCUCAAGCCUAAAGGCCCUGGUUCAAAACUCGCCUCGGCCACGGAUCCACAAGAUUAUAAUCAAAUAAUUCAGAGUGAGAAGGGAUUCGGAAAAACGGAUAAUGAGUAAGCUUCUUCUGUUUGGACUGGUUAGAAGGUGCUUUCCACUAGAGGGCAGCAGCUGUGUUGUUUUAAUGCCUCAACCAUCAGCACAGCGAGGGGCGAUUCAGAUGAUAUUUCCACCUGGCUGUUUCUAUUAGCCUGGUUCUCUCUGAAACUGGUCAUAAGGCUCUGUGUGAGGGCUCUGCCGUUUCAGUCGGUUGGAGCAUUGCACGGUCGGAUGUUCCUUAACGCUGCUGCAUGCCACCCCGAUCUCCGAGAAAUGUGAGAUUCCCGUGGUUCCAGGUGCUUGGAAUGAGGGACGGCAGAGACUGUGGUGGCUUAAUGAGAUGUGGUCUGUUCAAACAUACAUGCAGCCUGAGGCCAGCGGCAGAGGAUAUGCCCACAGUGCUCAGGGCGGGCACGCUCCUGAGGGGUGCGGAGGGGGCCCUCACAGGCGCGGGAUAACCGCGACUCCCAAGCCUCCCCCAGCUGUCAAAACAAAGGGGCAAAGCGGUGCAGCUCCCCCACCCCCAAUGGCUCGGGGUAGGCUUGGGAGUCGUGGGCGGCUGGUGCGCCAAAUGUCACUCCCCUCAGUGAAGAUACCUGGGGCGCUCUGCUCCCACCACACACCCCUUCCUCCACCCCUGCCUGAGGCUACGGUGGAGGGGCUCACAACAACAACACCCCAGGAGAGCUCAUUUCUCCCAUAGCCACAGCUCUGGAUCCAACAGAAACCAAGCACGUCUCUCACUCCCAGGUUUCUUCCUGCUUCUAGCCCAGAUCACAUACCCACAAUUGAAUCCUCCAUUAGAUUUAAACCCUUGCUGGAUCCAAGAUAUCCCAUAAUAUCCCCCGAGGCAGCUGGGGUAUAGGAUCAGAAUUUCCCUUCUCCUGGGUGGGCUACCUUCCUGGGUUGUAAGCUCCCAUGACCCCAUGGCUUUAUAGAAUCGUAGAGUUGGAGGGGAACAUACAUGCUACAAUACAGUGGAUUUGUAACUGACUUACUGACCGAACCCAAAGGGUGCUCAUCAAUGGCUCCUCAUCCUGGAGAGUAGUGACUAGUGGGGUGCCACAGGGUUCUGUCUUGGGCCCAGUCUUAUUCAACAUAUUUAUCAAUGACUU